AUGGGUUCUACAGAGAUUGGUGUGGACGGGCCCGCCACGACUAAAAAGCUGGAGACAGUCAACGAGGAACCCAGCUCAUACCCGUCUCAUCCGAUUCCUCAGCUGCAAGGCCCGUUCGAAGAAUCAAUAGUCGAGACCGACGAUUCGAGGAACAACAGAGUCGUGAACAUUAGCGCGCAGACACGGCGGCGCGAUCUAUUGGAAAAUGAUAAAUAUGAGCGACUCUGUGGGAGGCGGUGGCGCCAACAGGAAUCCGAGAAGUAUCAUCCAUUUUGGAAAUUGAUCUCGCAGAUGAUCUUCGGAGUACAUCUUCUUGCCAGAGGCCAAGCGAGGUCGGAGGCUUCGGUGAUGAAGAUCCUCCAGAACCAUGUCAAUGAGCUGGAUGGCUUUUUGGAACGGACGACUGAAGAUCAGAUGAUUGUGCGACUAGAUGUGCACACGCGAAUCCAGUAUCUGAGUCUUCCUCUGUCCAACCUGGACGUUUUCGACGAGAUGCUGGUAGACCGAGGCUUCCGCCUAUCGAUUGUCGCGUACAAUGACCAGAUCGAACACUCGAUUGACAGAUUCACCCAAGCCAUUACGGACUCCCUCAAAGACCUGCAAAAGGCAAAGGAGGCUAUGGGCGCACUGUGGUUCUUCUUCAAGGAAUUGAGCAGUGGAGAAUGCUUUGCGUCGGAGAGCCUGCAGGCUUUCUACAAGGCUAUGAUGGAAAAUAUGGAGGGAUGGAUUUCCGCCAUCUCCAAGCUUCGGCGACAGGGCACUGCUCUCCAGAAAGCCCUGGGCCAACUUGGUCUAGCGACCACAGAGAUGCAACGGCGUGUCGGUGUCGCUAGCCGAAAUGAUGUGCGAUCGUUCAUCAAACAAAGCAACAAGAUUGCCAAUCGAAGCAAGUCUGUCAAACAGAGGCUUUUCGAGAGAAGGGCGUCGGCAAUCCCCGAAAAGCCGCUACCUCUUGAUCCAUUCUCUAAACCAAAACGAUCUCAGACGACCAAGCACCUUGAGAGUCGUCCGACUACAGCGAAAGUCCCGGAGACGCCUAACCCAGCUGCCUCCAGAGAGGGUGCUCGACGCAUCCUCAGCCGAGCUAAAUCAUGCAGCGCGUUAGCAACAGAGACCAGCGCGGGCGAGAAACCACCACCAAUUCCCUCCACAUCCGUGAGGUUAAAACGCAGACUCUCCAGGCCAUUCUUGUCGAAACGGUCGAGCGAGAAGCUCGAGCCUCAACGACCACAAACAGCACCGCAGCCAUUAAGACCAUCACGCAGCAUCUCCAUCGAGCAACUCCGCGCAUUCUGCUCGAGCCGCCCUCCAACCCGACAAUCAAUGGUCAAAUCACCCACCCAGGCCCGCCAGGAAACCACCGACCAACUUAAUGGACGCGACACGAUGAAAGACCAAAUCUCCCAGUUCCUCAAGACCGACCGCGUCGUCGAUGCCUGGGACAGCGUCUCCAAAACCGCGUCCUGCUGCGCCCGCCCGAUCAAACCGAAAGAUUGGCCCAGCAGUGUCUUCCGAACUAAAUCUAGUACUACGCUCGACAAGGGCGACACCCUUUCCGGGCCGGACCUGGAACGGCAGAUGUCGUGGGUGCAGGAAACCUUCGACGUGCUGCCUACGCACUCCUUCAAGGCAAAACCGGAAACGUCGCCCCGCAUCCAUGUCCUCUCGGUGCAGAUGACCUUGGAUGAAGAAGUGGCCGACCGAGAGGCGAGUCUGGAUUUGAGAAGCGAGGGAUCCAUUACGGCGUUGCCGGCUGUGCCGCCGCCUCCCAUUCCUGCGCGCACGGAGUCAACAGGUCUACAAGUACGGAGUACAGUUUACAGAGUUAAUCAUGCCGAAUACCCAUGCACAGCCUGCUUUUUACGCCUUUUGGGCUCGUCAGCCCUGCACUGUGGAUCUGCUCGGUGGCGCAGUCUAUACGUAGUUGAUCCGCGCACUGUAUAUACAUGUAGUCCCCCGUACUCCAGGCUCUCCGUUAAAACCACCUUGAGCUCAUCAUCUCUUAAAAAGUCACAAAUCCAUCAAAUCCAUCAAACAUCAUCAAACCCCAUCACACCGAUCACUGAGCGCCGUGAAGCAAAAAAGUUGAACUGCAGCCUAAACUGCCAAGGACCCACCGCCCCCAGCCCCCAUUGCCCAUUGAACUUCUUGCUGGAGGUCUUCUUUUCCCUCAUCACUGCAAUCAUGGCGAUUCUAUACCCUCGAUAUUGUUAUUAUGGCAACGACUGCUACUCCACGUGGGACUCUUGGGGCCGCUGGGUAGCCUUCGCCGUGAUUGUCGGCGUGGCAUUUUUACUCUUCUUCUCUUUCGCUUGUUUCAACGCGCGCCGCCGCCGAAGCCACGGCCAGCGCCCUUUGACAGGUACUGGAUGGAUGGCACCUCCUCCAGGACCUCCUCCUCCAAACCAACCAAUCUACCAACCAAACCCCUACGGCGACCCAUACUACCAGCAGAACGCACCUCCCCAGUACAGCGCGAACCCUCAAAACUACGGCUACUUCGGAGCGCAGCAAGCACCGCCUCAGCAGCAAGGGAUCGAGCUGCAGCAGCCCCCGAAUGCUUACAAUGGUGGAGGCUAUGCGCCUCCUCCUGGCCCACCUCCCAAUGGAAACAAGGCUUAA